GCCGCGGAUCGCCACCUUCGCCGUCGGAAUCGCUGCCAACGUCUCGUCGCCCCGGAUCACCGCCGUCGCCGGGCCAUGGCGGUGGAGGUCGACAGCACCUGGAAGCGCGGGGCGGCGGCCUUCCUGGACGACCCCUUCGAGGUGCUGCAGGCGAAGCGGGGCCGGUGCUCACCGUCCGCCACCGCGGCCUCGGUUGCCGACCUCGGCAUCAACAUGCAGUUCGACCCCGUCGAGGCGCUCCAGUCCGUCUUCCCCGGCGCCGAUCCGCAGGUGACCCAGAAGUUCCCUUUCAUCAACAGUUACAGAGUGUUUAGAGUUCCGAGCUCUGUCGUCGUCGGCAGCCUUGUGAAAUGCCAACUGGUCGUCGCUUCUUUCAGUGCUGACGGGAAACACGUAGAUGUUACUGGACUGCAAUUACCCGACAUGCUGGAUGACAUGUUUGCAUACACAGGACCGCUCGGUGCGAUUUUCAGCGAGGACUCUGUGAGCCUGCACCUUUGGGCUCCUACAACACAGGAUGUGAGUGUGUGGUUCUUAGAUGGUCCGCCGGCCCUGCUCUAGAGACAGUGCAGCUCAAGGAGUCAAAUGGUGUUUGGAGCGUUACUUGACCAAGAGAGUGGGAAAACCGAUACUAUUUGUAUGAAGUUGACGUGUAUCAUCCAACUAAGGCACAAAUUCUGAAAUGUUUAGCUGGUGACCUUUAUGCUAGAGGGUAUGUGGCUGUGCGUAUUUCAGUUAUGUAGUUCAGGGAGAGGAACUUUCCGCAGAAGAAAAAAGUUCAGGGAGAGGAAGAAACUAGCUUGUUGUUUAUUUGAUCAGCCUUUCUGCAAAUGGAGCGUGGACCUGGUUGGUUGACAUUAACAAUGAAACAUUGAAGCCAGCUUCCUGGGAUGAAUUGGCCGAUGAGAAGCCAAAACUUGAUUCCUGCUCUGACAUAACCAUCUACGAAUUGCACAUUCGUGAUUUUAGGUAAAUUGUGCUGCUUGAUUUACACAACUAAAAAUCCGGCAGGGUUUAUGCAUAUUCAU